AUGGCGGUGAUGACCAGGCCACAUCGCGACAACAGCACCGCCACCACCAACAACAACGCUCCCACCAGCCCCUCAGCCGACAGCGACAACGUCGAGCUCGGCUGGCUCGACGCCCGCGACGACGAGCCCUUCCUCCGCGGCGCCUCCCCCUCCCCCUCGAGCGAUGCAGGCCGCGCCGGCACCGGCAGCGCCGCAGCGCCGCGGCACGCUCCCGGGGCGGAGGCGGAGUCCAAGCUAGUGGCCGGCGGGCGGCCGCGGCCCCGCGUCAUCUGGCUCACCGUCUUCUUCCUGAUGAACUCGCUCGCGUUCGGCAUCGCCGUCGUGCCGCGCGUCAACCUCUUCGUCUCGCUCAUCUGCCGCGCCUCCCUGCCGCCGCCGUCGUCGUCGACGUCGUCCCCCCCGGUCGUCGUCGGCGGCUACAACCCCCAGUGCCAGGUCGACGCCGUGUCGUCGCGCACCGCGCUCGUGCAGUCCGCCGGCAACGUCAUCGCCGGCGUGCUGUCGGCCGGCAUGGCCGCCUUCUUGAACGUCUUGAGCGAUCGCGUCGGCCGGGUAAGGGUCAUGGCGUACACGGCGACCGUGCUGGCGGGCGUCGAGGUCGUGCUCGUGGUGUUGGCGAGGAGUGCCGAGGGCACGAGUUGGCGGUGGUUGUAUGUGGCGUUUGCGCUGGAUGGGUUGAGUGGGAGUUUUGCGACCAUCAUGGCCAUGGCGAGUGCGUACAUUAGCGAUUGCGUCAAGGAGGAGGAGAGGAAUGUGCAGGUUGGCAGGAUGCAUGGUGCCAUGUUCAUCGGUAUUGCCGUGGGCCCGGCCAUUUCGAGCGCGAUUGUGGCGGGGAGUGGGCAGAAGUCGCCGCUGCUUGUGUUCUAUUUGGGGCUUGCCAUGCGGGUUAUCUCUCUUGUGUACCUGAUGCUUUUUGUAGCUGAAAGUCUGCCACAAGCCCGAAGAAGCUUGAGGGGUGCCUUCCCUGCAUUUUCUCAGGCUCGAUGGCAGCAGAUGACCAAGCCAGCCAGCGGCAUAGAUGUCGUCUUGGUCAAGCUGAAUAAAGUCAACCCAAGAAGAUGGCUGGAUAGACUCGUACCUCCCGGAAACCCGGUCAGUAGGCGACUGCGGCGCAACGUGGUACUGCUGCUCUCCAUUAACCUCGUCUGUUACGUCGGCGCCAUGGCAACUGCAGACGUCCUGAUCCUCUAUCCGCAGGUCGUCUUCAAAUGGGGCAACGUCGAGAACAACAUGUUCAUGUCCGUCAUCAACGGCUUCCGCGCCGCCGUCUCCACCCUCGGCAUCCCCAUCCUCAUCUUCUUCUUCCAACGCCGCCGCUCUCCACCCCAUCACCAUCCCAUCCCCAACCCCACCACCACCACCACUUCCAGCGCCCUCCUCGACCCCUCCGCCUUCCCCGACGACCUCGACGCCCUCACCUCCCCCACCUCUCCCCAUUACCACCAUCCCGACCACCAUCCCGACCACACCAGCCCCACCAGCCCCACCACCACCCUCGACCCCCUCGACCGCACCCUCAUCCUCACCGCCCUCCUCUUCGACAUCUUCGGCUACCUCGGCUACGCCGCCUCCCCCAACGGCGUCUUCUUCACCCUCUGCGGCGCCGCCGCCGCCUUCGGCGCCGUCGGCCUGUCCACGUCCGAGGCGGCGCUGACCAAGAUCGUCGCGCCAUCGAGUGGCAGUGGCAGCGGCGAUCCCGGCAGGUCGUCGGCGGAGCCCGCAGAGGGGGCGGGAGCGGGGGCGGCGGUUGACGAUGUUGGCGAGAGGUCGUUGGCUGGUGGUGGCGGCGGCAGUGGUUCACGGGUGGGCGAAUUGAUGGCCGGCCUGGGGCUGCUGCAGAGCGUGGUGCGCGUCGUGGCGCCGGCCGUGGUGAAUGUCGUGUACGGCGCCACGGUUGCGGUGGGGGCGCCCGGGACGGCGUUUGUCGGCGUGGCGGGCGUGUUGGGCGUGGGUGUGGUGUUGGCGUGGGGGUUGCGUUGUGGGUGA